AUGCUUCUUUCAGACAGGGAAGUGGCUACGGAUUUAUCCAGUCGAAAGUUCAAUAAUGUUAGUAGUAGCAGUGGUGAUAAUAAGAGAAGUUCUACCCAAAAUUCAACUAUUAACAACCUUCAGCACGAAGAACGAGAGCCUUUUACAAGGAAACGAAGAAGUACUAAUGGAGAUGGUUCUAGUUCUUCCACAAAACAGACGUUCACUGCUAUAAAUCAGAUCUUGCAUAGGCGCGCAUCGGUUUCUUCACAGAGACCAAAAGAUUUAAUUGCAGAAAUAAAUAUCAGUAAAAUAGAUAAUAAUAAAACACGAAAUACUUCUCUUCCAAGUCCAAUUUCCGUUAAUGCGUCGAUUCAACAACAAAAUCAACCUUUACCUUCUCAUUCAACACAGCACCAACCAACUUUACAGCGAUUGUUACGAAAGAAAAGUUUUCGUGCUUCCAGACAAUUUUCUCCAGUUUCCCCUCUCAAGCCUCCUUUCCAUUAUCGCCAACAGUUUGAAGAAGAUCCUUCUAAUAAUAGUAAUAAUAGCAAUAAUAAUAAUAGCAAUUUAAUUAAUAAACGGAUCGUAUUGAAUCAUGGAACAACAACCACAAGCUCAUCUCCAAUUUCACCGAUAAACUCUACUGCUUCAUCACCUUCUACAAAAAAGCAAUUCUUUGAAAAUUGUAGUAGAGAGCAAAAGUUAUUAUUUCACCAAACAAAGGACGAUAAAAUGGAAAUACUAUUAAAAAAAGGCAAAAACUUUUUUGGAUCAAAAGCAAACCUAAAGCCAGAAUUGCAUCAUUAUGUAGUGUUAUAG